UCUCAUUUCUCAUUCUCAUUCACUUCACCAUUUCUGCAAUCACAACUUGCGAAACCCUAACCCGAUAAUCCAUGGCGUCCAACUCCAAAACACGCUCUUCCUCCCCCUCCGCAGCCGUCUUCAAACCUGGAACCUUAGUUGAAGUCAGCUCCGAUGACGACGGAUUUCGAGGUUCAUGGUUUACCGGCCAGAUCGUCCGUCGUCUCGUCGGUGACAAGUUCACGGUCGAGUAUGAUAACUUAAUGGCGGAUGAGGAUGGCACAAAGCGCCUUAAAGAAUCAAUUAGGCUUCGCCAGCUCCGCCCAAUUCCCCCUAAGGAGUUCACCCGGGAAUUCAAAUUCGGUGAUGAAGUUGACGCCUAUCACAACGAUGGAUGGUGGGAGGGUCACGUCACCGGAGUAUUAGAGGAUGGUAGAAAGACAGUGUACUUCAGAGUCUCGAGGGAGCAGCUGGAGUUUUCCGACGAGGAACUCAGGCUCCACCGUGAGUGGGUUGAUGGAGGUUGGAUCCCACCAUUUCCACAACAGGAUGAUAGUGAAAUCAAGAAAAAGGUUAGGGUGAAGGCUGCUGAAACUGUGACUGGAGACAAUGCUGGUUUUAAGUUUAAGGAAGGGGAAUUGGUUGAGGUAUGCAGUGACGAAGAUGGUUUCAAAGGGGCUUGGUUUAGUGCAACCGUUGUCGAGCCUAAGGGAGAAGGGAAGUUUGUUAUUGAGUAUGAGAGCCUGCUCGAUGAUGAUUCAAAGCUUUUGAGAGAGGAGAUCAGUCUCCUGCAAAUUAGGCCUUGUCCACCAAAAACUGAUGAUGUUGAUCAGUUUAAGUUUCUUGAUGAAGUUGAUGCAUAUUACAAUGACGGUUGGUGGGUUGGGGUUGUUUCUAAAGUUCUUGGGGACUCCAAAUAUAUUGUUUAUUUCAGGAACUCCAAUGAAGAACUGGAGUUUGAACAUUCCCAGUUGAGGCUACAUCAGGACUGGGUGGAUAACAAAUGGUUAAUGGCUUCUAAGGCGUUAAAGUUUUGAAUGCUGGAAGUUGGAGAAAACACUAGGCUCCUUGGAAUGAUGGAAAUAGAAGUUUGUAUAUUUUCCACUGAGUUCUUACUAGCAAAAUUUAACUUUAAUUCUCAUGGAUCAAAACUUUGAACUUGUUUAAUGUAAUUAUGAGUAUGUUGAAAUAUCAACUCCAUUAAUUUGAUCAGGUGGUAAAAAGACAGGUUUUUUAGCCUCGCUAGUGCCUUUAAAUUGACUUUAUAUAAAAAAGUGUUCAAAUUUCAA